GGCCGGCCCGGGGCCUCCAUGAUGGAGGAGCGAGCGGCCGCAGCCGUCGCCGCCGCCGCCUCCUCCUGCCGCCCCCUCGGCUCGGGCGCGGGCCCCGGUCCGACGGGGGCGGCCCCGGUCUCUGCCCCCGUCCCCGGGCCCGGCCCGGCUGCUAAGGGAGGCGGCGGCGGGAGCAGUCCCGGGCCCACGGCGGGGCCGGAGCCCCUGAGCCUGCCCGGGAUCCUGCACUUUAUCCAGCACGAGUGGGCGCGCUUCGAAGCGGAGAAGGCCCGCUGGGAGGCGGAGCGCGCCGAGUUGCAGGCUCAGGUGGCCUUCCUCCAGGGAGAGAGGAAGGGGCAAGAGAAUCUCAAGGCAGACCUGGUACGACGGAUCAAGAUGUUAGAGUAUGCGCUGAAGCAGGAGAGGGCCAAGUAUCAUAAAUUGAAGUUUGGGACCGACCCGAACCAGGGGGAGAAGAAACUGGACCUGUCAGAACAAGUUUCCAAUGGCCCAGUGGAGUCGGUCACCCUGGAGAACAGCCCGCUGGUGUGGAAGGAGGGACGGCAGCUUCUCCGGCAGUACCUGGAAGAGGUGGGCUACACCGACACCAUCCUGGACAUGCGGUCCAAGCGCGUGCGGUCCCUGCUGGGCCGCUCGUUGGAGCUCAAUGGGGCUGUGGAGCCCAGUGAAGGGGGCCCCAGGGCAACGCCGGGCCCUGGGGGGCUCAGUGGCGGGGAGUCACUGCUGGUGAAGCAGAUCGAGGAGCAGAUCAAGAGGAAUGCGGCAGGCAGAGAUGGCAAAGAGCGCUUGGGUGGCUCGGUGCUGGAGCAGAUCCCCUUCCUGCAGAGCUGUGAGGACGAAGACAGCGACGAGGACGACGAGCUGGACAGUGUGCAGCACAAAAAGCAGCGCGUGAAGCUGCCAUCCAAGACCCUGGUGCCCGAAAUGGAAGACGAGGAUGAGGAGGAUGACUCAGAAGACGCCAUCAACGAGUUUGAUUUUCUGGGCUCAGGCGAGGACGGGGAGGGCUCUGCAGACCCUCGGCGAUGUGCUGGAGAGGGCACCCACCACGAGCUGGAAAGCCGGAGGGUCAAACUCCAGGGAAUUUUGGCCGACCUUCGGGAUGUGGAUGGGCUGCCCCCCAAAGUGACUGGCCCGCCUCCUGGCACACCGCAGCCCCGGCCACACGAAGGUUCCUUUGGCUUCUCCUCAGACGUUUUCAUCAUGGACACUAUCGGGGGCGGGGAGGUGAGCCUGGGGGACUUGGCAGAUCUCACCGUCACCAAUGACAACGACCUCAGCUGUGAUUUGUCUGACAGCAAAGACGCCUUUAAGAAGACAUGGAACCCCAAAUUCACCCUGCGCUCACACUACGAUGGCAUCCGUGCCCUGGCCUUCCACCACAGCCAGUCGGCUUUGCUCACCGCUUCCGAGGACGGCACACUUAAACUCUGGAACCUGCAGAAGGCUGUCACAGCCAAGAAGAAUGCUGCACUAGACGUGGAACCUAUCCACGCCUUCCGGGCUCACAGGGGCCCCGUGUUGGCAGUAGCCUUGGGCAGCAACAGUGAAUACUGUUACAGUGGUGGGGCAGAUGCCCGCAUCCACAGCUGGAAGAUUCCAGACCUCAACAUGGACCCCUACGAUGGUUACGACCCGAGCAUGUUGAGCCAUGUCCUGGAGGGCCAUGGGGACGCUGUGUGGGGCUUGGCCUUUAGUCCCCCCGCCCGGCGCCUGGCCUCCUGCUCCGCUGAUGGCACUGUCCGCAUCUGGGAGCCCCGCAGCAGCAGCCCUACCUGCCUCUGUACCUUCUCCACAGCCAGCGAUCAUGGGAUCCCCACCUCAGUGGCCUUCACCAGCAUCGAGCCUGCACACAUCGUGGCCUCCUUUUGCUCUGGCGACACAGUCCUGUAUGACCUGGAGGCUGAGACUGCUCUCCUCACGCUGGAGUCUCCGGGGAGCAGCGGCCCCACCCAGAUCAACCAGGUGGUGAGUCACCCAAACCAGCCCCUCACCAUCACCGCCCAUGAUGACAGAGGCAUCCGCUUCCUGGACAACCGGACAGGGAAAUGCGUGCACUCCAUGGUUGCCCACCUGGACGCGGUCACCUGCCUGGCCGUGGACCCCAAUGGCGUAUUCCUGAUGUCGGGAAGCCAUGAUUGCUCCCUUCGUCUGUGGAGCCUGGAUAACAAAACAUGUGUGCAAGAGAUCACAGCCCACCGCAAGAAGCACGAGGAGGCCAUCCACGCUGUUGCCUGCCACCCCAGCAAGGCCCUCAUCGCCAGUGCGGGCGCCGACGCCCUGGCCAAGGUCUUCGUAUGAUGCCCACCUGGCCCCGCCCUGGCCAGGGAUCGGGGCCGGGCAGGUGGGACGGAGGUGCCUCCCAGCCUCUUCCCGCCUGUCUUGGAGCCUGGUGGUGCUAAAGGCCCUUUCCCCAGGAGGCGCUCCCCCAUGGUCUGCCCUUCCCCCAGCAUCCAGCCUGGGGAGUUGCCUCCUUCAGGAAUCACCCUCCAAGAUGGCCUCUGGGAGUUUCCUCUCAGCCCUGACACCCACUCCUGGUCUCUGACCUGCCUUCUGGCAGUAGCACAACCAGGGCUGAGUGUCCUUGGGGAUCAGCUUUUCCAAGAUGCCAGAAGGUGCCAGGUUCUCUCUUUGAACCCCUGACCCCUCCUCUCAGUCCUCCCAGACCUGGGUGGGAACUGCUGGGAGGAACCCAGAUGCCCCUGCUCUGGGUCUUUCGGGGAGCCAUGGAGCCAGCUGGACCCAGGCUAUCCCCAGUGGGAGUGCUAAGCACACCCAGUCCACCACCCUCACCUCCAGUUCCCUCAACACAACUUUCCAGACACUACCCAAUGCCUCCAAGGUCAAUAGCUGCCUGGGGAGCAGGUGAUGCCCUCUGGGGAGGUGCCCGCCCCUACCUCCCCAACACUCCUCCAAGGGCAGCCCCCUCCACCCCCACCAGGUCACCCAGCGGGAGAGAUGGCCUUCUUUUGCCCCUCCCUGAGGCAAGAGAGGGUGGCGUGGGGUCCCCUGGGUCCCACGUAACUCCCUGUAUAUCUGUAUAAAUAAAUGGGAUUUUAAUGGAGCCCCCUCCCCCCAUGUCGUUAUCACUGUGUGAUAGUCUGUCAGUCUCCUCUCCUGGCCCUCCACUCUCUUCCUCUAUUUAUUUCACUCUUUUUGGGUUCCAUCCUGAGCCCUCAGGCCCCCUUUCCAGAUUCCUGUUUAUAAGCCCCAUCCCCUACUGUCCUGGACUUGUAUGUGAAACUUGUCUCAAUAAACCCUUUGGAGUAAGAUGGGUGGUAGUAC